GUUUGGUGCACCUUGUGAUGUCUAGUAAGAUUAUUUGUUGAUUCUGUGUAUACAAAUGGACUUAUGCGAACUUUUAUUUAUUAAAUUAUAAUGUUUAUGCAAGAUGCACAGAUGUUUGAAGAUUCGUACUGAGACAAUUUUGAGAUCAAUGUGAACCAAUAUUCGUAGCGCAUCUUGUUGCAAAUAAGAGAAAUUCAAUUAAAAUUGUAUAAUGUGGUGCAUCACGUAUCGCCUCUGCAAGGAAACGUGGAUAAACAAUGUUAAAACAGCCUGUAGGACAGCUUCGGUGGCUGCCAAUGUUAACAAGAGCAACGAGCUGGUGCUGUUGGGUCAGAAAUACGCGACGGACGACUGGACGAAUGUCACGCCAAACGUCAUCGCCAAAUUGGGGAGGAACCUGCACGUACAGCAGUACCAUCCGCUCUCGCACCUACGCCAGCGUAUCGUGAAUUACUUUUACGGACAGUUCCGCAGUAAAAGCGGGACGCCGUCGUUCAGUAUCUACGACAAUAUAUGCCCCGUGGUCACGGUCGAGCAAAACUUCGAUUCCCUCCUCGUGCCGAAGGAUCACCCGAGCAGAAAGAAGACCGAUUGUUAUUUCGUGAAUCAGGACACGUUGCUGCGAGCGCACACCACCGCGCAUCAGGCCGAGCUGAUCUCGAUGGGAUUGAACAAUUUUCUCGUCGUCGGGGACGUGUACCGACGUGACGAAAUCGACAGCACCCACUACCCGAUUUUCCACCAGGUCGACGCGGUCAGAUUACGCACGUCGCAGGAGAUAUUUCGCGACGUGAACGAUUCCGAGAACCUCCAGUUGUUCGAGCACAGAGGGACAGAGAGCGCCGAGAAGCAGGCUUGUCACAGUCUGGAGGCGGUGAAGGUGAUGGAGCAGGAAUUGAAGAGCACCCUGACUAGUCUAGCGCGAGCUAUCUUUGGGGAAGACGUGCAAUGUCGAUGGGUCGACCAGUAUUUCCCGUUCACUCAUCCGUCGUGGGAGCUAGAAAUAUUGCACAACGACAAGUGGCUCGAGAUAGUGGGCUGCGGCAUUAUGCGCCAGGAGAUUCUACAGAAAUCCGGUGCCGUGGAUCGGAUCGGAUGGGCGUUCGGCCUCGGCCUGGAGCGUCUGGCCAUGCGACUGUAUGACAUCCCGGACAUAAGAUUAUUCUGGAGCAACGACGCCGGCUUCCUGAAUCAAUUCAAAGUGGACGAUCCUAAUGCUCGUAUCCUGUACCAGCCCGUCAGUAUAUAUCCAGUUUGUACCAACGACAUGAGUUUCUGGUUGCCGGAAGACGGAAGUUAUUCCUCUCACGACUUCUACGAUAUAGUUAGAGAGAUAGGCGGCGAUUUCAUUGAACAGAUUAUAUUGAAGGACGAAUUCACGCAUCCGAAGACUAAGAAAACGUCUCAUUGCUAUGGCAUAAUGUACAGACACAUGGAGCGCACGUUGACCAAGAGGGAGGUCAAUAAAAUCCAUGCUCAAAUAGGAAGAACGGUAUCCACUAAACUUAAUGUAAUUAUGCGAUAAAGUUGAAAAAUAAAAUGUUUUCCUAACGAAAAAAA